AUGUCGACCUACGACGAUAGGGAGAAAUGCCAUUUCUAUUAUAAAAUUGGUGCUUGUCGGCAUGGAGAUAGAUGUUCAAAAAAGCAUACUAGGCCCAUCAGAUCGAGAACCAUAAUAGUACCCAAUAUGUACCGAAAACCAGCUUUAAACGGGAAAUCGGACCUUCAGUUUGAUUUUGAUGCAUUUUAUGAAGAUGUUUAUAUGGAAGCAAGCCGAUUUGGCGAAGUUCAGUCGAUGGUUGUAUGCGAGAACAGAAAUGAUCACUUGAAUGGCAACGUGUAUAUAAUGUUCUCAAAUGCUCAAGAGGCCCAAGGCGCCAGAGACAGCUUUAACACGCGCUGGUAUAAUGAAAGACCCCUCUAUUGUGAUCUCAGUCAUGUAUCUGAUUUUAGAGAAGCAAUAUGUCGAAAGCACGACAUGAGAUCGUGCGAGAGGGGCGAUGAGUGUAACUUUAUGCACGUACAAAGACCGACAUUACAACUGUUAAAAGACCUGGAAAAAGCACAAUGGAAGAGAUAUCGAAUGCAAUGA